ACUUCAGCUCCCUCCCUAUCCACUGCAUUUAGCUUUCUUAUUUGAAUGGAUUAUUUGACUCUAUUGAAACUAAUUAUAUUGCCACACGGAACAAGUAUGUAGAUAAGGUGUGGUACUGUUAAGCUGCUCGGACAUAGGUAUGCCUUGAGAGACUGCUUGGCUGAAGUGUGUAAAAAAAAAAAAUGGGUGGGGGGGCAGGAAAUGCAUUUCCGCAGAGGGACAUUAGAAGGAGGAGGAGGGUGAGUGUGUUUUUCCAGCGUGGAGUUUACCCCCAAGGCUAUGAAGGAAGUUCUAUGCAACAGGGCCCAUAAUGCCAAGAAAGUAAAGCGAGGAGGAGGCGGGGCCAGGAGACAAAGCAGCCCCGCCCUUGGUGAGAUGCUAUUGGCUGGACAGCGAGUCAAUCAGAACACUUCCUGUUUGGAAGCGAGGGAGGAGCCCGCAGUCACUCAGCUCGCUUUUCCUUUUCUUUAAAAAAAAAAAUUUGUGAAGUUGAAACUGACUCGUAAAAUGAGCGCAGUCUCUCGCUCGCGUUUAUUCUCACCGCUUCCUGUGCGGGGGGAGGCCAUUUUGUAACUGCAGAAAGAUUUUUACCUGCCGUCUCUCGUUUUGCCUUCACGUUCGCGUGUGUGAAGUUUUCUCCACGGCGAGGAAGAAAAGUGUCGGCAGCAGGAGAAGAAGCUAAAGGAGGAGAGAUAUCGGGCUAGUUUUCCUUCCCAGUGUGAGGUUGUGUGUUUCUCGUGUAAGAGAGAGGAGACACCGGGAAGAAAGAGCACAAAACACUUCCUGGAGAUCAGAAAAGGGACCCCUUCCUUUAUUCCAAGGGGAAGCUGGAGACUAUGCUCCAUCUUCCUGCGUGGGUGAGCUUGUGAAUCUUUUCCCGAGAGUGUUGAGCGCUUCAUCACACAAGGUUGUUUGGGAAGAUGGCCAACGCAAGCCCCUGCAUGCCUUCCUCGGGCCAGAUCUUUUUUCCUCCGGGGGUCUCCACGCUGCACGGUUCGGCCGCCGUGACCCCGGUCCCCGUGGCAUCGGUGUCUCCGCAGGGCGGCUUCAACGCGAUGGACUUGAACCACGGGCAGGCUCCGUCGGGGGGCACCGCGGUGCCCUCGGCGCCCCCGACUCUUGCAGGGGUGUCCUUCAGCAUCCAGAUCGGCCUCACCAGAGAGUCUGUGCUGAUGGCACAGAGUGCGGAUUUGGCCUACGUGAAACAAAUUGCCUGCUCCAUUGUUGACACCAAGUUCCCAGAAUGUGGCUUCUAUGGUAUCUAUGAUAAGAUAUUGCUGUUUAGACAUGACACGUCAACCAGCAAUAUACUUCAGCCGGUUAAAACGGCAGGUGACAUUCAGGAGGGAGAUUUGGUGGAGGUGGUGCUCUCUGCGGCGGCCACAUCAGAAGAUUUCCAGAUUCGGCCCCAUGCUCUAAACGUGCACUCCUACCGGGCCCCAGCCUUCUGUGAUCACUGUGGAGAGAUGUUGUUUGGACUGGUCAGACAAGGGCUCAAGUGUGAUGGGUGUGGACUGAACUACCACAAACGCUGUGCAUUCAGCAUUCCCAACAACUGUAGAGCUCGGAAGAGGCGCCUAUCCACAACUUCUGUGAACAGCAGCCAAUCUCUGCGGCUUUCCACCAGCGAGUCUGUUUACAGUGUUGGGACCACAUCUACUUGCACUGAUGACUCUGGCCUCGUCCGCUCACACACACAAAUGCCCCGGACACCGAGUGAGGCUCGGCGCUCCUACACAGGCCGACCCGUGCAUCUAGACAAGAUCCUCAUGAGCAAGGUGAAGGUGCCACACACGUUCGCCAUCCACUCAUACACACGUCCGACGGUGUGCCAAUACUGCAAGAGGCUCCUCCGAGGGAUCUUCAGGCAGGGACUACAGUGUAAAGACUGCAAGUUCAACUGUCAUAAACGUUGUGCAUACAAAGUUCCUAACGACUGUCUUGGUGAAACCAUUGAAGAAAACAGAAGUAACAGCGAUAUGCUCAGUCCCAGUGCUGAUCCUGAGGUGCCCAUGGACUAUACCAGUGACUAUGACGCCUCUGACAAGUCAUCUAUGGACGACUCGGAUGAAGCCUGCAGCAUCCCGGGCUCCUUCUCUCCUGAGAGCAACCAGGAUGGUGACAGUGCAGACCAGAGUGUUUACAUUCCACUCAUGAGGGUGGUUCAGUCAGUGAGACAGACAACUCGUCGAUCCAGCACAGCCAUCAAGGAGGGCUGGAUGGUCCACUACAGCAAUAAAGACACACUGAGAAAGAGACACUACUGGCGUCUGGAUUGUAAGUGCAUCAUCCUUUUCCAGAACAACACCUCAAACAAGUACUACAAGGAGAUCCCUCUAUCAGAAAUCUUGGAGGUGCUACCAGCUAGUAACUUCACUCUGGUGCCCUCCGGUACAAACCGGCACUGCUUCGAGAUCAUCACGGGCACCAUGUGCUACUUUGUGGGGGAGGACCCAAACACAAUUCCUCCCCUGUCCCCCCAACACGCCCUCCCCCAGUCACCCCCAUCUCCCAGUCAAGUGGCGCCCAAUAGCGGCAUCGGGCGGGAGGUGGCCAAGGCAUGGGAGAGCGCCAUCCGUCAGGCCCUCAUGCCCGUCAUCUUCCAGGAUGCCCCUCCAGCGGAAGGAAACACUACUCACAGACAAGCUUCCGUCAGCAUUUCGGUGUCUAACAGUCAAAUCCAAGAGAACGUGGACAUAGGUACAGUGUACCAAAUAUUUGCUGAUGAAGUUCUGGGAUCUGGACAAUUUGGAGUCGUGUAUGGAGGAAAGCACCGAAAGACUGGGAGGGACGUGGCCGUCAAAGUUAUAGAUAAACUCCGCUUCCCUACUAAGCAGGAGAGCCAGUUGAGAAAUGAGGUGGCCAUACUGCAGAGUUUGCGCCACUUGGGUAUCGUGAACCUGGAGUGUAUGUUUGAGACUCCGGAGAAGGUGUUUGUUGUCAUGGAGAAGCUCCAUGGCGACAUGCUCGAGAUGAUCCUCUCCAGCGAAAAAGGCCGACUGCCUGAGAGGCUCACCAAAUUCCUCAUCACUCAGAUUCUUGCAGCUUUGCGACACCUGCACUUUAAGAACAUCGUCCACUGCGAUCUCAAACCCGAGAAUGUGCUGCUUGCCUCUGCUGAUCCUUUUCCCCAGGUGAAAUUGUGCGAUUUCGGCUUUGCCCGAAUCAUCGGGGAGAAAUCGUUCCGUCGCUCGGUGGUCGGCACGCCGGCCUACCUUGCCCCAGAGGUUCUGCUGAACCAGGGCUACAACCGCUCGUUGGACAUGUGGUCCGUCGGUGUCAUCAUGUACGUCAGCCUCAGUGGGACGUUCCCUUUUAAUGAGGACGAAGAUAUCAAUGACCAGAUACACAACGCCGCCUUCAUGUACCCUUCCAACCCCUGGAAACAGAUCUCGUCCGAUGCCAUUGAUUUGAUCAACAACCUGCUGCAAGUUAAGAUGAGGAAGCGCUACAGUGUUGACAAGAGUCUCAGCCAUGCUUACUUACAGGACUAUCAGACAUGGUUGGACCUGCGAGAGCUGGAAACGAAGCUAGCCGAGCGUUACAUCACCCACGAGAGCGACGACAGCCGCUGGCAAUCGUUUGCCCACCAGUACACUCUCAUGUACCCCGCCCACCUCGUGCCCCCGCCUCCGGCACCCCCGUCGGAUGACGACGAGGGCAGGGACGACGCGGAGGUGCAAGGCCUCACUGAGCGGGUCAGCAUCCUCUGAGGUUCCCGGAGUGUCGACACUGUUGUCACCAUAAUGAGCUCUAGGGCAGCACUUCAUUUGUAAAGUCUAAUAAUUUCCUCCAAGCAGCCUCCUUGAAUGCUUCUUUUGUAAUUGCUUUAUGAAAUUCCAUAAGGUUCUGCCAGUCUUUACAGAUAACCAUCAGAAUAAAUCAAAGAGCGAUAUCACUAUAAAGUGCCUUCGGUGUACUUGUCAGAAUGACUGGGUCGUCCAGAAAUGUGGCUGAACAAUGAAACUCUUCACCCUUUGUUACAAGUGGCUAAACAUUUUCAUACUGCAAGUUUCUCAAAAUGUCUUUCCUUCAUUUUCUUUUUCCUUUCCAUUGGCUGAUUCUGACGUGCCCCAUACCAUUGCUCUGGAAACAAUCUUUGUAGUAAAUUCUUCAAUGAUACUAUCCAUCCAUCCAUUUUCUUUGCUUAUUCUCACGAGGGUCGCAGAGAGUGCUGGAGCCUAUCCCAGCUAUCAACGGGCAGGAGGCGGGGUACAACCUGAACUGGUUGCCAGCCAGUCGCAGGGCACAUUGAGACCAACAGCCGCACUCACAAUCACAUCGAGGGGCAAUUUAGAAUGAAUGUCCAAUUGAUGUUGCAUGUUUUUGGGAUGUGGGAGGAAACCGGAGGGCCCGGAGGAAACCCACGCAGGCACGGAGAAAACAUGCAAACUCCAUACAGGCAGGUCUGGGUUUGAACCCGGGACCUCAGAACUGUGAGGUCAACUUUUUACCAGCUGAUCCACUGUGCUGCCUCAAUUAUACUACUAAUUAUUAUUCUUUGUUUUUGUCCAUAAGGAAUGUGAUAAAGUGCAAAAUUUUGAUUUCAUAUGAUUUGGCAUGUAUCCCUGGGAAAAAAAAAACGGUGGCUACUUGUAGAUGUAUGUAUAUGUUAAUUUCAUCCAUUUUCUCAGCCACUUAUCCUCACAAGUGUCACGGGAGUGCUGGAGCCUAUCCCAGCUAUCAUCGAGCAGGAGGCGGGGUACAUGGAAAAUAUUAAUUUUUGGAGAAGUUUCAAAGGCACUUUAUGGUAAUAUUGACUCAGAACUGCUGAAAAAAUGACCAGUAAUCUUCUCUAUCACGACCCAUAAAAGGAAACAUUUCGAUAUAGUAUGAGUGAUCACAGCCCCGCUUUGAAUUUUCAAAAAUAGCAAAACCUUCAUGUCACAAGGUCCUUUCAAGUGACGCAAAGAUUUGCACUCUUGUGGUCAUUUCCACCAAACGCACACCCAUAAUGGUCCUGUACAACUGGAAGUAUUGAUUUGGCGACAGAAUGUCUUCCUGUAAUUUACACCAGCCGCAAUCAUACACUUUUUAGGAAAUCUAAAAUGUUUCUACCAGGAAACAGGCUACCACUUUCUCAUUCUAUGCCCGUUCCCUGUACAUGUACACACUCCAUGCUCCAUUGUGAUAAGGAUCAAGAUUUUGUGGUGUGGAAGCUUGAUAAUCAAUUCAUUAUGUCAAUGGAUUGCAUGUUUUCACGUAGUACAAUGAGAUUGCCUGUGUAAAAUUCUUUUUUUUUUGUUUUUUUUUUAAUCAUGUAGUCCAUUGUAAGCAUAUCAACCUUGAAGUAAGUGUAGUGUCCGGUUCAUCUACGCCUGAAUAGUAAGUUUCUUUCGGCUUGUCCCAUUAGGGGUCGCCACAGCGUGACAUCUCAGAUGAAUAAUGAUGGUAAACAUUGAAGCACAAUCUAUAUAAACCUAAAGAAAUAUUCACUUUUGUUCUGUCAGUCUUUUGGGGGUAUUUUUUGGUUCAUUACUUCAUAAUAAUGCACAGGGAGGUGAGAAACAAACACUAACAUAAAAACAACUGCCAAGGAAAAAGUAUUUUGACAUCAUAUGCUAUAACCUUCACAGGCACCGUAAUAUUGUGUUUUGGCAGCUCAGUUCCGUGGUUCUCUUAUUCCUUUUCCUUUUAGUAAUCAGACAUCUGCAGACAGCCUUUCAUUAUCAAGUAGCUGUCAUGUCCUUUUUCCCAGAGGUUGAUUAUGUGUACAAAGAAAUCAGUUGUUAGUUUGUCUUACUCUUAAAAUCACAACAGCAGAUAUUACGCUGUGUUAAGUUUUGUAAAUAUAGAUAGAAAAGUUGAAGUUUAAGUGUUUGUUCAACUCGGGUGAAGUUUUCUCUCAGUUUGACGGAUCAAUUCGAGCUGGCACUACAAUUCUGUAGUAGUCAAUUAUAUUUACAUGGAAGUGCAACCAAAUAAAGAGCUUUGACAAACCUAAGAAUCUGUUCAAAUAUGAACUGCAAUGUGUAAACAACAUUUACUGUACCUGCCAUAAAUAUGAGAAUACAGUUUACUUAUAGAUGAAGCAGCAAUUUAAACUGGAGCUAUUGUAAAAAAUGGUAACGAAAAGUCAACCUAGUACAGUCUCUACAAAUGUAUCACAGAAAGCUUAUUGGAAUUCAGGGUAAAUGUUUGCAUCUUUUCAACACCAAUGUCAGGAUCACCUGAAUAAUUGGAUUUUAUUAAAUGUCAUAAUAAUUAGUUUUUUUUUUUUUACAAGAAUUAUAUAUUGUUUUCUUUGAGGUCCAAAUUUUACAUACACAAAAAGUAAUAUGUUCUGAAAGAACAUGGUAAACCCAGAUGAAGAGGUCAUGGCUUUGGCAGUUUCUAGUAGGUUAACUGACAAUUACUAAAAACGCCUCAAUGGCAGCCAAUUGGUAUAGGGGAAAAUUAAAAAAAGUUCACAUUUUAACAAUGUUUGCCGCUAGCUACUGGUUAUGAGAAAUCUGUAUACCUUCAUUCCGAUGUGCCACCUCCACCUAGAGGUUAUGACGAAUGUGUAGCCUACACUUUCAUUCCAAUACAACAGUGGUAGGUAUGACUGCAUACAUUGCAUGUACAGUUCUGCUCAAAAGUUUACAUACCCUGGCAGAAUUUGUGAAUUUUC